AUGCGAUCUCUCUACGGUCGGUCUCGAGGCUCUCUCGUCCUAUCGUCCUCUAUACGAGUAAUUGGGGCCGCUGCGAUUGGGGAUGGCGUGAAGAAGACGUGUCCUUGCAAGAGCCGGGGAAAGCUGGAGAAAGCUCAGCAGCAACUAUCAUCUGUUGCCGUAUCCUUACAACCAGGGCGAGGUCCUCCCCCAUUCUCUGGGUUUAAGACAUUGGCUGAUGUGCUCUACUGUGUUCACCUUUGCUGUCGACAACCCCCUGUUGCUCCGCCAGUCAAUACCAAGCCAAUCCAAAUUGUCUGCAUCUCGGAUACCCACAAUUCGACCAGAGAGGUUUCACCUGGUGAUCUGCUCAUCCAUGCUGGUGACUUAACCCAACAUGGCUCAUUUGAGGAGCUUCACGGUCAAUUUCAAUGGCUCUCUGCUCUCCCACAUCCUCAUAAAAUCGUCGUAGCAGGAAACCACGAUCUUCUGCUUGAUCCAGAUUUCGUUAAACGUCAUCCUACCCGCAUUCCCAAGGAUUCUGGAUCGUCCAUCUUCAGUUUGGAUUCGUACGAUGUCGACUACCUCCAGGACCGAUUUGUCACCCUAAGAUUCUCAAAUGGAAGACGUUUAAAUGUUUAUGGUUCGCCGCAGACACCAGAAUUUGGUAUUUGGGCCUUUCAAUACCCAGCUAUUAGGGAUGUUUGGACCCGUAGGAUCCCUGAUAAAACGGAUGUUGUAGUGGUUCAUGGCCCACCCGUACUUCAUUAUGAUACUGGAAAGAAAGGAGAUGGGUAUAUAUUAAGAGAGCUAAGAAGAGUGAGGCCACAGCUUGUUGUAUUUGGUCAUGUUCAUGAUGGAUAUGGACAAGACUACCUUUUCCAUGAUGGAGUACAAAGUGCAUGGGAAGAUGCAAUCCUACGAAGAAGUGGUGUACUUGCAAUAUUUCGUACGAGUUUCUGGAUGAUUGUAGCAUGCAUUAGAGUCUUGCUAGGGCUCUCACAGCCCAACCCAACGAGGUUAGUGAAUGCAGCUAUCGCACCUGGAGAAAACAGGAAAACAGAGAAAGACCCGAUUAUAUUGGAAAAAUAA